AUGUUCAGAAUAUGGAUAUACUUUGCUUUAAUUUAUUUGAUUCACAUAACUGUCAGCACAGCUAAUCAUCAACCAAGUGACUAUCCUGAUUCGGAACUAAUUGAUAUGGAUUUACCAUCGAGUGUUUCAAAGCCAUAUUAUACAUCUGAGAGUGAUUCCUAUGAAAAGAAUAAAGUUUUGAGUCGUAUAAGCAGAAUAGCACACAAGCGUGCACAACAUCUACUUAUCACACAUCUUGACCUUCCACGCAAUCUAAGGGGGUAUGACAAUAAUGAAAAUGAUUAUGGAUCUGAUACACCAGUGUAUUUCCAGAAACUUGUUAGUAAGGUUCAUCAGGCAUCAUUAAUGAGCCCUGAAAAACGUCUUUAUUCAUCAGAUGAUGUAGAGCUUAUAAAAAUAUUGAUUAACCUUAUUAAGCUUUUCAAAAAAAAGCGUGUUCAAAGAGUGAAACCGGUAGCUUUAGCUAAUCACAUUAUUAUGACCCGACCAGCUGUUCACAUCGAAACUUCAGCAGAACUUCCACCGCCAAAUGAUCUAAUUGAUUAUUGUAAAGAUCAGAAAACAUUAUCUUCUCCUAAGUCUACUUCGAUCGGUUUUCACGUUUCUAAAACUGCUUCAUUACCUCAUGUUAAUCCUACAGAGUCUUUGCAACAAACACCCCAGUCUUUUUCCACCGACUCCUCCAAACAUACGGACACUGUUAGUAAUGUUGAUGCAUCUCAUUUAAAAAUUAUGGCUACUCCUGUGUUAUCUCAAACUGGUUUUUCACAGCAACCUUCUAGUAUGCUUAACGGAAACUCUAUUGGCAAGCCAGAAACUGAAUAUUUCAUUACGGCACAGCAAGUAAGAAGUAACUUUCCUAGAAUGUCAGAAUUAAACCCGUUUGGAACCCCCCUUCACCUCACUUUUGGAGAAAAUGGUAAUUCUAUUCAUCCAGUUUACAAGUAUACACCAGUGUAUAAUCAUGCUGAAGCGUCAUCUUCAGUGUCCAUAAGACGACCAAAUAUCCUAACUGGCACUAGCAUAACUGAACUCCCAUCACCGAAGGAAACCCAUCUACAAGUAUCUCAGCAAAGCUCCCAAAAAGUCUUGACAAAUGAAUAUUCAUCGACUUCAACCUCUCCUGUAAACCAACCUGAUAAUCUCGAAAUUCAGCCAAUACACCAGGAGAAGCAGAUGUUGCAGCAACAAGAAGGUCAAUCACAUACAGUUAAGUUACCACAACAAUCACUGACACAAAAAUCAUCGCAAAUUUCUCCAGUCACGUCAACUCAACAACAUAUUCCUCCUAGUAGUAAAGAUUUCAGUCAUGCUAGCCAGUCAACUGAUGUGAAUAAUUUAUUAGUCACCCCUCAUACUCAAUUCCCUGGACAGCAAAAGCAACAAGUUGUUUCUCAGGAGUCUUCUCAUAAACCUAUUCAGCAAGCAUCAAAAACUUAUACUAACGUACCAUCACCGUUACCUCCAUCAGUACUUACUGUUUCGAAAAUUGGAGAUUAUGAUUGGCAUUAUAAUAUAUUUCAUCAAAUUAGGCCUCGACGAUGGAAUUUAAAGAAUUAUUCAAUCAAAAAAAAACUUCUUGAACAGAUCCAAAGAGUUUUAUCACAUUAA